UUGGAUGAAAAGCCAAAGAAUAUAUACAUAUAUUUAAAAUAUCCUUUAACCAUCUAUCUAUCUAUCUAUCUAUCUAUCUAUCUAUCUAUCUAUCUAUCUAUCUAUCUAUCUAUCUAUCUAUCUAUCUAUCUAUCUAUCUAUCUAUCUAUCUAUCUAUCUAUCUAUCUAUCUAUCUAUCUAUCUAUCUAUCUAUGUGCAUGUAGUUCACCCGCCGGCCACUGGGGGUCGCUGUGUAACGAGCCCGUUACCGGUUUCCGCCUGAGCUUUUCGCUUCGUACUUCCGGUGCCCCCGUCGCCCGACUCCCUCCCGGUGCUAACGCCGUCGGGCUCGGCUGUGGGAGCGUAAUGGCGGUGCACCGGGGACCAUCUACGAAAUGGCUCUUCACCCGGGAGCAGUUGGAAAACACGCCGUCGCGCCGCUCCGGGAUCGAGUCCGACCGGGAGCUUUCCUACCGGCAGCAGGCCGCCAACCUGAUCCAGGACAUCGGCCAGAGGCUCAACGUGUCUCAACUAAUCAUCAACACCGCUAUAGUUUAUAUGCACAGGUUUUACAUGAUCCACUCCUUCACGAAAUUCCACAGAAAUAUCAUUUCCCAGACCACGUUGUUCCUCGCUGCCAAAGUGGAGGAGCAGCCCAGGAAGCUGGAGCACGUCAUUAAAAUAGCCCACGCCUUUAUCAACCCCCAGGAGCCGGCACUGGACACCAAGAGCAGUGUAACAAGCAAGGAUUUGGCACAGACUUCCUAUUUCAUGGCUACCAACAGGUUAUUAUCCUGUUCCCAUAUUUGCACUGUGAUGGCCCACUAUGGCUUCCUGUCCUGCAGGGUCCCCCUUCCUGUGUCCAACGCCCUGCGCCCGGCCCUGGGACCCCCCCCCCCCCCCGGGCAGUACCGGCCGGGCUGCUGUGUGCGCCUGCACCUCACCACCUUCUGCCUGCAGUACCGGCCCACCGUGGUGGCCUGCGUCUGCAUCCACCUGGCCUGCAAGUGGUCCAACUGGGAGAUCCCCGCCAUUCAAGCUGCUAAGAAACCAAAGACGGACGGCUCGGCGGUGGACGGCGGUUUCCAGGGGUCGUCCCUGGACGGGCUCCCCGGGGUGGCGCCCUCCUUCUUCCCGUCGGGCUCCUCGGACUGCUCCGACAUGCCGGCGCUGAACGCCAUGGCAACGCCGUUCGGCCUCUACCAGCCGCUGGCCGACCAGUUCCCCCCCCCGCCGGCGCCGCAGAACUCGGACCAAUUCACGCUGGUCAAACACAAACACAAAGCGGGCGGCGGCGGCGUUGGUGAGCCGGCGGCGGUUGCCAUGGCGACGGCCGCCACUGCCGCCGCCUUCGCGCGGCCGCAGAAAGUGUUGACUCUGGAAAAGUACAGAGAGAAACAGUCGGCGGAGCAGAACGGCGUGAAGGAGGACGCGGAUUCCUUCCCGCCGACUUCGCACCACCACAGGAAGCGUUCCCAGCCGCAGCACGCCGGCCAAUCAGGCGAGGGCAGGCGGGAGCGGUCCGGCUCCAAGAAGCCGCGUGCCUACACGGAAAACGGCGUUGGGAACGGCGUCGGUGGCGUUGGCGAGGAGUUCAAGAUGCGCAUCAAGGUGUCGUCAGAUCGCCACGGCGUUUCGGACCAAAGCGGCAAAGACAAGCACAAAGAGCACGGCGGCCAUCGCCACUCCAAACAUGGCGGCGGCGGGGGGGGGCGUGGCGCCGUGGAGGGCGCCGGCGGCGGCCAUCACCAUGGCGGCAGUCACCACGACGGCGGCGGCUCGUCCCGGAAGCGGCCGCACGAGGGCGGAAACCACGGCAACCACCACCACCAUCACCACAACCACCACUCCAAGAGCAGCAGGGCGUCCAAGGGAGGCUUAGGCUCCGCCCACUUUGGGCCGGACGGCGGGCAGCGGGCGCUAGAAACGCACGACGGGCCGAACGGCGUGCUGCUGCCCAACGGCCAACACACGGACUACAAAAACACCUUCGACAUGCUGGACUCCUUACUAAGUGCCCAAGGAAUGAACCUGUAG